GACCCUGACAAGUUUGCGAUGCAAUAUCGCGAGCGCAAGAAGCUGCGCCUACUAAACAAAGCCGCGCGCGUCGCCCAUGACAAGAGCAGCGACAAGCUGCGCUUAGCCGACAGCUUAGCCGAUGGCUCGCCUGUCGCCCUCGAGGAUGUUGCAGCCGCGGUCGGUGGGCUGCUUUCUCGAGGCAUGCGCCCAGCACAUAUCUACAUCGACCUCCGCUACGGCUCGCUGGAUGACCGGCGGCGCAACGCUGUGAGCCUCUUACGCAUGUUGGCCCCCGCCACGGCCGCCGGCGACGCCGCGCACCAGCCGCACAUGCUGCGUCACCCACGCCGCCACUCACUGCGCAUCCCGGCGCACCUGCUGUCGCCCGCCGUGGCGGCGGCGGCGCGCUCCGCACUGCCCUCACUGUCCCACCUCUACCUCGACGGUGUCUUCGGCCUGUCCAGCAGCGUUGUGGCACAGGGCCUCGAAUGCCUGCUGCAACUACCGCCGCCCCCGGCGGCGCCGCUGGCUCCGGCUACAGGACCCGCCGUGGCAGCCUCGGCGACUGAUGACAGCGGCACAGCUGCUGAGCCGCAGCAGCAGCAGCAGCAGCAGCCGCUCAGCCUGCAGCUGGCCCUGGUGGUGCCGUACUCGCCGCCCUCACCGCACGACCCGGCGCCGCCGCCGGCCGUCAUUGACACGCUGGCCCUCUGCCGCCGGCUCCACACCCUCGACGUGACGCUAAUGACGCCGCCGGUCCGCACCGUCCCGCCCACCGCCGGCAGCAGCCGCCUGGCAGGCCUGGUGCCGCUGGCGGAGCAGCUGAGGCGGCUGACGCAGCUGCGGGAGCUAGCCGUCACUGCCGACGUCAUCACCGCCGCCUGCGUGCGCGCGCUGGUGCCGCCGCUGACGCGCCUCACAAGCCUGGUCAUCGAGCGGCGCGAGCCGCGCGUGCACGUGCGCGUGGGCGGCCCCGCUGGUGGCCUGGUGGCUGCAGCUGAUGAUGGUGAUGCCGUGGUCGACAGCGCGGCCUUUGCCGGGCUGCACCAGCUGCAGGAGCUGAAGCUCUCCGGGUUAGACCUAUGCAUGGAGCUGGAGGAGCCGAGGCCGGCUGCGGCGGCGGCGGCGGCGGCGGAGGCAGCGGAGGCGCCGGCGUUUGCGAAGCUGGGAGCGCUGACGUACCUGACGGCGCGGCGGCUGACGUUCGCGGCCGCCGUGGCAGACCGCGCCGCGGGCUGGAGCGAGCUGCUGGAGGAGGUGGAGGCGGCGGCGGUGGGCGCGGCACAGGCCGACGGCGCGGCGGUGGCGGUGGCAGAGCAGGCCGCGCCCGGCGGCGGAGUGGAGCCAGGGCUGGCGGUGGCACUGGCGGCGGCGCUGGUGCCGGCGGCGCCGCAGCCGCUGCAGCUACUGCAGGCGAUGCAAAUAGAGCAGCAGCUGGCGCCGCCGGAGCCGGCCGACGUGACGGCGCUGCCGCGCGCGCGCCUGCCGCCCAACCUGUCCGAGCUUGUGCUGACCCUCAAUGCCCCGGGCGAUGCCACCGCCGCCGCCGUGCUGCACGGCGUCAGCGCCGCGCACAUCGACGUCGACGAGCUCGCUGUGCUGCAGCCGGCUGUGACACCGGUACCGGCUGGGGCUGGCAGCACCUGGCCCCCUGACCCCAAGCCCAAGCCCAUGCCGAGGCCGGCGCUUGAGUUCGAGCUGCCCACCUUUGGUGUCGACCUCCCCGAGCUGGCGGACGGCUGCGGGCUGAGGCUGGGCAUCCCCGGCCGCCGCCUGGCAGACGCGUGGGGCCGCUUGACGCCGGCAGGCGAGCUGGCGCUCCGCCAGGCCGCUAGGCAGCUGGCGGCACACGGCCGCUUCGCGAGGCACGUGCGCCGGCACCUGGUGGUGGCGUAUGAGCCGCUGCCGGCGCUGCGGCGUGUGGUGGAGGGCGCGGAGGCGGCGCGCGACGACCGCGAUGCGGCGGCGGGGCUGGCGGCGGUUGAGGCGGGGCAGGAGAUGCCUGCGGGCGGCGAGGUGGAGGCGGAGGAUGCGGACUUUGCGGAUGGGGGCGUGUCGGGUGGUGAGGACUUCGGCUAUGCCGCUGAGGUCUUUGUCCUGGACACGGCGGGACAGGAGCUGGUGGGAGAGCUGCCGAGCCUGGGGAACCCGGGCGUGUGUCUGGCACUCCGCCCCGUGCCGGAGUCUCUGGCGGCUGCGCCGCCGCCGGCUGGCGCCGGCGGUGUGUGGCUGCCGCCGGCGCCCAGCCACGCGGGCUGGCUGGUGGAGCUGGCGGCGCUGCGGCCUGUGCGGCUGGAGCUGCGGGGGCUGGCGCUGAGCGGCCGCGACCUGGGCGCCAUUGCGCAGCACCUGGACGGCGUGGUGCGGGACCUGGUUCUGGACGGCAACUGCCGCUUCCACCCACGUGCGCUGCUGCCGUUGUGCCGCAGCCGCCGCCUGGCCUCGCUCACCCUGGGCCUGCAGCGCGGCUGGGUCGGCGGCGCCCCCAUCAGUAAUGGCGGCGGCGGCAGCGGUGGCGGGCGGCUGCAUGCGCUGCGGUCCACGCUACUGGCGCUGGGGCUGGCGCUGGCACCGGGCCUUUCGCGUGUGGUGCUGCGCGUAGGCCUGGGGAGGAGCAGGCGGGAGGCGGCGGAGGGGUCGGGGGAGGAACAGUGGCAGCAGCAGGUGGUAGUGGUACGGGGGAUGUACGAGGAGCGCGUGGUGCAGUGGGUGCAGCGGCGGCUGGAGCUGGUGCUGGGGCCGCAGCCGCAAGCCCUGGUGCAGCUGGAGUGAGCGGCGAGGACUUUUACGAUGAGGAGAGGGGCGGAAGAGGAGCGGAGCGGAGCGGAGCACAGAGGAGAGGUGCGGAAGAGGAGAGGAGAGGAACUGUCGAGGUACCGAGGCCCCGCUGAGAGGAGGCUGAGGUUAACGUUGAACCAAUCCCGUAAGGGAACAGGAUUUUGAGGACUGCACGGAGUAUCGCAGUACGGCGUGUGUACAGGCAGACCAGGGCAGACCGGGUACGGCCAAGUGGGGCGUGAAGUGCCCGCUGCAUUUGUCUUGGAUGUGCGAUGGGACAGGUGUAUGGCAGGUUGGUGAAGUCCCGUAGGGUGCAGCUGAUUCCCAAACCCCAGCAGAUGGCAAACAAUUUGCAACGGCAGGGCAGGAGUGCGCGGCUGGGUUGUCUUGGAUUGGGGCAUCCGUCGCAAGGUAU